AGCUUUGGGUUUAUUCGGCAUGUGGGUGAUGAACCCACGUUAUAUCCGAGCUCCACCCUCGUUUGUUUCCCGCCUGUUCGUUUAGCAAUCAAAGCAAAUGGCACUGCAGAUACCCAAGCUGCCCACAAUCUCACGAUGUUGUUCUUCAACCUUGUUUUUCUUCUCCAAAUCGACCUCUCCUGUAAAUGCCAGCUGGGUCAGAACCCAUCUGCGAAGUUCCUUUAGAAGCUUCGCUACUACCAAGCCAGGGAAGAUUCAACCACUCAAGAAGAAAAGGAGGCUGGAUGAGGUAUGUCUUGAAAGAUUUCAGCAAUACAGCCGGACCUUCAUACAGUCAUGGAUUUUACAAGGUAAAGUGUUUGUGGAUGGAAAAGUGGUGAACAAAGCUGGAACUCCUGUCUCAGAUAAAGCUGUUGUAGAGAUAAUGGCUGAAGUUCCAAAAUAUGUAUGUAGAGCAGGAUAUAAGUUAGAGGCUGCCAUUGAACAACUGGGUGUCGAGGUUAGUGGAAAAGUAGCUCUUGAUUCAGGGUUGUCCACUGGAGGAUUUACCGACUGCUUGCUUCAGUAUGGUGCUUCAUUCGUCUAUGGAGUUGAUGUGGGUUAUGGUCAGGUGGCAGACAAAAUUCGUCGAGAUGAACGUGUCAGUGUGGUAGAACGAACAAAUUUAAGAUAUCUUCCUGGACUCCCUCAAAAAGUUGAUUUGGUGACACUGGACCUUUCAUUCAUUUCUAUACUCUUGGUCAUCCCUGCCGUUGUCAAUGUUAUGAAGGAAGAGUCAACAUUAGUUACCUUGGUGAAACCUCAAUUCGAGGCUCGCAGGUCCCAAGUGGGAGGUGGUGGAAUUGUGAGGGAUCCCCUAGUUCAUCAGGAGGUUCUUGAGAGGAUAAUUAAGGGUGUGGAGAGUUUUGGAUUUGAAUGCAAAGGAUGGAUCGAAUCUCCUCUAAAGGGUGCUGAAGGGAACACAGAAUUUCUAGUUUGCUUUACCCGGAAACCCGAGUAAAUUGCAGACUAACUUCACCCAUGAAAGAAGAUGAAGAGUGUAUCGUGGAUGAGAAGACACAGGUGCAGUAGAUGUGAUAUCUCCACAAAAGAAAACCCAGUUACUUUUUAAGGGUUUGUGAUUGCACAUUGCACAUUGCACAUUGCCAGUUGUAUUUUUUUUUUUCGUUAAGGGAAAGUGAUUACGAGGAAAAAUGACUUGAAUAAUUUGUAAAAUGCUUUCUUUGUUAUAAAAUAUGAAAAUUUAUUGGAUUA